AUGGGGCUGCUAGACCUUCCACUUGAGGUCAUCGAUGAGAUCAUUUCUCUUACGCUCCCCGUGGGCAUAGAGAGCUUUGCCCUCUCUUGUAAGGCUAUUAAUGCUCGUGCCGGACCCCAGAUCAAGCGCCACAACGCGUACAAGCGACGUUGGAGGCACGCUCUUAUUGUCGGCAAUCCCCAGGUAUCUGCACUCCGCGCAAUCGCUGAGAUUGCAGACGACUCUCUUGCUGCCGAAUAUGUUGAAUCACUGCACCUUCGCGUGCCUAAUACCGUCAUGGCCGCCCAUGGCGGCGGUGCCAAUAUCCAACAACCACACGCUCACAUGCAAAAAGUAGCUGCAUUGGUGGCCGCCUCGGCCAUUGACCAGCAACUUCGUAUCGAUCCCUCUGAGUGGUGGGAGGCUAUCGAGAACGAAUCUACCAGUGAACCAAUGUCCCCAACGGAGUAUUCGUACGAGGACUCUCUGUUCACUACGGUUGCGCUCAUCGACCACUUACCAAACCUGAACACACUACAGCUCUCCCCCGCCUGGAGUGACUUCCAGCCUCUCCAGGAUGCACACCAAGAGCAGACCCAGAAGCUAGGAGCGAUUCUAGAUGCUCUCGUAGAGAAUGCUAAUCGCUAUCCUGACUCCAACAUUCCGCUAUCCAGGUUGCAUACUAUCCUUCCUUUCAUGUCCGAGGGUUACGAGGAGCGCGCCGGUCUCCAAACAUUGCUUCCUUUCCUUGAGCUCACUGGUCUGAAGGAGCUGUUUCUCAUUAGCUGCCUGGCCGUUGAUGAUAACUAUACGGGGAUCCCUUUCAGAUGGCGCAGCCCCGACGCGGUAUCGUCUCUCACAAGAAUGGAGUUAGCUUAUUGCUGUAUGGAUGCGGACGGGCUCUCUCAGCUGGUGUCGCACACUCCUCAAUUACAGGUUUUCAGGUAUUCGCACCAGACGAAAUGGCAUGGCUGCCAGCACGACUGGAAUCCCGGAACUUUUGUGGAGGUCCUCGCAAGAUAUUGCGGAAAGACACUCAAAGAUCUUGCCAUCACCAUUGAUGAUCUUUUUGGUGAAAUUGAAAAUGGCGCCUCUUCUUUCCUUUCUCUCCCGCACCUGGUCUAUCUCGAGGUGGACGUCCUCAUAUUCUGCGGACCACCCGUGGAAAGUGGACAAAGGCGUGGUAUGGCCGGGUCGCCGCCCACGGGCCAGAAACCUUGGGCACCCAUAGAUAUCCCCUGCAUAGGUUCUAUGCUCCCUGACAAUGUUGUAGAGGUUCAGAUAAACACCGACUUCCCAGAGCCAGAUGAGUCCGCACUGCGCGCUUUGCUGAAGAACAUCAGGACACAGAGACAGGAGAGACUGAAGAAGCUUGAGACGGUUGUUAUACGUCAACAAGACGCGAACUCAGGCCAGGUGCUGGCAGAUGAGUCAGGUGUGGUACUGGACGUCUUCGAUGUAGAGGGUGCCCCAAGGUCGAUGAUGCCAAACUGGAAACGGCAAUUCGAGCAACGGGUUGGCGGAAUACAUUUCACAUAA